AUGCCUGUAUACAUGGUCCACGGCUUCCGGUGGCCACGCGCCGGUUUCACUGGUAUCCGAGUCUACAUCGUUCUCCACAACCUGGAAGACGCUACAGCGGAAUACGUCCAGCAACCGGCGACAAGUCGACUGCUUAUUGAAUGCUUCAAGAAGACGGAUCCGGAUAUCGUAGCUCGUCUACCGGACCUACAAUUCAUCGAGCAAUAUGACCCCGAAGACACCGAUAGCGCAACCGCUGUCAGCCAGCCUUAUGCCUACGUCGCGGCCAAGGUGAUCACACUCUCCGAACCUGGUGCUAAGGCGCCUGGGCUCAGCUGGAACCCCGAAGACUUGGCUAAGGACUCCCCUUUGGAUCCAAGUGCCAUGGAAGCCCUGACCCAACUCCGAGAUAAGUACGCCGCAGGCGAGAGAAUAGGCUGGUGGAUUGUUUACAAUGGGGACCCAGACAGGGCUUUCCCUCAUUCCGAGGAAGACGACAGUUAUGAUGAAUACGAUUAUGAUGAUGACGAUGAUGAAUACACGGAAUCAAAUGGCGAUAGUGUUAGGAACUCAACAGCACCAGAAACGCCUCCUAGCCCGGCGGUAAGCCUUUGCUCUCGUGCUGCUGAGGUUGAUAUUUGA